AUGUCGAAAGAUAUUGCUUCCAUGAGAGAAAUACAACACAACCGACAACUCAUUAUGCAAGCUCUAAAUAAGAACACAACAAACUUUUCAAACUAUUCUAAGAUAUCUGAGUCAUUGAAAGAAGGAAACUUAAAACUGACAUUAAACCCAAUGACAGAUGAGUUUCUAUUUCAAGACAAGAAGAACAAUACUGUCUGUAUAAAUCCAACAAAAGGAACUUUAAACGAGAAACCUAUAAAUGAACUUCUUUUGAAAGCAGAUGUUGACAACAAAGCUGACAAAGAAUAUGUAAACGAUGCAAUAGCAAAAGAAGAAGAAAGAGCUAACAAUGCUUAUGCAACAAAAGAACAUACUCAUCCUGAACUAGCAGACAAAACAUAUGUUGACAAUAAAAUGUCAAGUGAAGUGACAAGAGCUGAAAACGAAUAUUCUAAAAAGACUCAUACACAUUCUAUAUCUGAAAUAACAGACUUACAAGAAACCUUAAACAGUAAAAGUGCCGUUGGACAUACACAUACCAUUGCAAAUAUUACAAACUUACAAGAAACCUUAAACAGGAAAAGUGACGUUGGACAUACACAUACAUCUUCUGAAAUAACAGACUUAAACGUUAGCCUUGAAAAGAAAGCAGACAAGAACCAUACACAUAAGUCCUUCACAACUGUUGGUAUAGAAAGUAUUGAAGGAACGGUUGAAGAAACUGGUGGGGAUGUAUUAUAUUGGAAACCUCCUAACUUUCCACAAGGUUUAACAUCGGAUGACGACAUAACGACGAUGGGAAACAUUAGAUGUAAAGAUGUUUAUGUCAUGAAGGAUGAACAUAAUAUUAAAUUCACUGCUCAAGAUUUAUAUGACAAGAAAGCAGACAAAACAGAGCUUCAAACAUUAAAGACUGAAAUACUUCAAACAUUAUAUCCUAUAGGCUCUAUUUAUACGUCAAUGAACUCUACCAGACCAGAAGUAGUACUUGGUUUUGGAACUUGGACUCAAAUAGUCGACAGGUUUUUGUAUUGUGCAAACUCUUCAAAGGAAACAGGUGGAAGUAAAACGAUUUCAGGUGAAAAUUUACCUGCACACAGUCACUACAUAGAUUUAAGUACAUCUCAAGCAGGUUGGCAUAAGCAUAGAUAUUGUGAUUGGCACGCAAUGAUAAAAGGUAAAGGAUAUGAUGUUAAAGACAACGUUCAGUUUGCUAUAGAUUGUUACUGGAGUAACACUGAGGGAGGAGGAAACCAUACACAUCGCGUUACAGGAUAUACACAAACAACGGGACAAAGUAAAGACUACAUGCCACCUUACAUGACAGUUUACGCAUGGUAUAGAAAUGCUUAG